UUUUUAAGAGCACAAAUAGAGAGCCGGUUGGGGUGAAUCGUAUUAUGAUACUUUAUAACGUUACUAGCUUGAUAAUCCCGAAAAGUGUUGGUUAAAUGCGCUUUGGUGAGUUGAUGAGAGUUAUCUUUUAAAGACGGAUAGCGUCAUCUUAGUCUAACGCCUGAACAACAGAAGACAGGUGGGGAGAGUAUUUCAAGUAGCUUCACGGCGUUGUAUACUGAAAGAGAGGUUUUGAAGUUCCUAUUAUACUCAUGUAGUGAAUAGAAACACACAGGAACGUCUGUACAAGGGCGCGGGUUAAGGUGAAAUAACAGCGGUAUAAUAAAGAAAAGCAAAAAUCAGAAUAACGUUACACACCACGUGUAAGAAAGAAAAAAUGCUUAUUAGUUCGGCUAUAAUGCAGAAGCCCGCCACGGCGUUGGGGCAGUGUCUUGUGUUUUGAAAAUGUUGGCGCGGCAGAAGACGCCCAAUAGCGUUAGACUGAGGCGUGGCCUGCCGUCCAAUGGGAGGCGCUCACAUCCAAGAUGCCCAGAGGGCGGAGAGCAGCUCCAAAGCAUAAAAGAGCGGAGGUGUGCGCGCGAGUUCAUUCUUUUUCCUUCGCAGAGAAGAGUAGAGUUCGAAGGUAUGGCAAGAACCAAGCAGACCGCUCGUAAGUCCACCGGUGGCAAAGCCCCGAGGAAGCAGCUGGCUACCAAGGCUGCUCGUAAGAGCGCUCCGGCCACCGGCGGCGUCAAGAAGCCUCACCGUUACAGGCCCGGUACCGUGGCUCUCAGGGAGAUCCGCCGUUACCAGAAAUCCACAGAGCUGCUCAUCCGCAAGCUGCCCUUCCAGCGCCUGGUGCGGGAGAUCGCUCAGGACUUCAAGACCGAUCUCCGCUUCCAGAGCUCUGCCGUCAUGGCCCUGCAGGAGGCUAGCGAGGCGUACUUGGUGGGUCUGUUCGAGGACACUAAUCUGUGCGCCAUCCACGCCAAGAGAGUCACCAUCAUGCCUAAGGAUAUCCAGCUGGCCCGCCGUAUCCGCGGAGAGCGGGCCGGCCCGUCGCCGGAGAGGGAGGUUCCUCUGAACAGUGCAGCUCGCGCUCAUUCUCGCUCCGCUCGCAGCAAAGGUAGAACGAUGGCAGAAGGUGCUCCCGCUCCAGCCGCCGCCGCGCCGGCCAAAGCUCCCAAGAAGAAAAGCGCUGCCCGGCCUAAGAAAGCCGGUCCCAGCGUCGGCGAGCUCAUCGUCAAGGCUGUUUCUCAGUCUAAGGAGAGGAGCGGCGUGUCUCUCGCCGCCCUCAAGAAGGCUCUGGCUGCCGGCGGCUACGACGUGGACAAGAACAACUCCCGCGUCAAGAUCGCCGUCAAGACUCUCGUGACGAAGGGCACUCUGGUGCAGACCAAAGGCACCGGCGCCUCCGGCUCCUUCAAACUCAACAAGAAACAAGCCGAGCCCAAGAAGAAGCCGGCAAAGAAAGCGGCGCCCAAAGCCAAGAAGGCGGCCGCCAAAAAGCCCGCCGCUGCUAAGAAGCCCAAGAAGGUAGCGGCGAAGAAGCCCGCGGCCGCUAAGAAAUCGCCGAAGAAAGCCAAGAAGCCGGCGGCGGCCAAGAAAGUCGCCAAGUCUCCUAAGAAAGCCAAGAAGCCGGCAGCCCCGAAGAAGGCGGCCAAGAGCCCGAAGAAAGCGAAGGCGGUCAAACCCAAAGCAGCCAAGCCCAAGGCGGCGAAAAAGGCCGCCCCCAAAAAGAAACUUCUGCGCAAAGGUAAUUAUGCCGAGCGUGUUGGCGCUGGCGCUCCCGUCUACUUGGCCGCCGUGCUGGAGUAUCUGACUGCUGAGAUCCUCGAGUUGGCCGGUAACGCCGCUCGUGACAACAAGAAGACUCGUAUUAUUCCUCGUCAUCUGCAGCUGGCCGUUCGUAACGACGAGGAGCUCAACAAACUGCUCGGAGGAGUCACCAUCGCUCAGGGUGGCGUACUGCCCAACAUUCAGGCGGUACUGUUGCCUAAAAAGACUGAGAAGGCAGUCAAGACAAAAACAGUUGAUUUCGAAGCCAUGGCAAGAACAAAGCAGACCGCCCGUAAGUCCACCGGUGGCAAAGCCCCGAGGAAGCAGUUGGCUACCAAGGCUGCUCGUAAGAGCGCCCCGGCCACCGGCGGCGUCAAGAAGCCUCACCGUUACAGGCCCGGUACCGUGGCUCUCAGGGAGAUCCGCCGUUACCAGAAAUCCACAGAGCUGCUCAUCCGCAAGCUGCCCUUCCAGCGCCUGGUGCGGGAGAUCGCUCAGGACUUCAAGACCGAUCUCCGCUUCCAGAGCUCUGCCGUCAUGGCUCUGCAGGAGGCUAGCGAGGCGUACUUGGUGGGUCUGUUCGAGGACACUAAUCUGUGCGCCAUCCACGCCAAGAGAGUCACCAUCAUGCCUAAGGAUAUCCAGCUGGCCCGCCGGAUCCGCGGAGAGCGCGCUUAGAUUAAACGGAGCGACCACAAGUUACUCAAACACCCCAAAGGCUCUUUUAAGAGCCGCCGAACUGUUUCAGUCCAAAAGAGCGAGUUUUCUAGCGAACUCAGUUCUUUUGUGUUGUGAUGUAGUAACAGAUCUCGAAGAGGAGCCCGCGAGCUUCUCUCUGCGGAGUCGUGAGGAGCUGCUUAGUUCCAGCUCAGAUGUUCAUCCCGUGUUUGAUCAGAGUCCGUAAUGCAGUGAGGAGUUUCGAGUCUUACAGAAAGAGAUGAGAAUGAACUCGUUAGUACUUCAUCACGGAAAUGAGCGGCUGGAGAAUCAGAAGUGCAGCACAGUCGAGUAUUGUGAGCGCGUGACUAGCGCUACGAACAUCACGUACAUAGUGAAUAUGUAGGGCUGCGUUAUUGGAGUAAGAGUUUAGCGAGAAAAUCACCCCGUGUGUGUGUGUGUGUACGCGCGCGCAUCUAAACGAAGGCGGCCGUUCAGAGGAGCUUUCUGCUCAGUAUUUACCCAGCACUACAAACACCACCACACACUAAACACAAACACAGCUCUUAAUGAUGAUAUGAGUGACUGAAGAAAAGCAGCACCGAAUAUGGAGUUUCAUUAUUAAUGUG